AUUCUGAAAAAGAUGAGAGAAAGAAGUCGGCAGACAAAAGAAGAAGGGCGAGGAACGAGGAGAGAAGGCAGAGUACCCCGGACUGACGCUGGUGAGGGGAGGAAAGGAAGAAAGGACCAGGACGCUGGAAAAUAGUUCUAGAUCUUUACAGAAGUCUUCAGUCCCAGUCAUUAAUAUGAAUGGGCUCAUAUCUCAAACAUCCAUGUCAGAAGAGUAUAGUUUUCAUUCCAUCAUUCACGUGACAUCACAAGUGUCCUGUGUUCUGCUGAGGACACCAGGACUCGUGGAGCUGAGCUUUAACUGAACCUUUAUUUACAACCUGUUUGUUCUGUCACAUUCAAACAUUCUUCUACUUUAACACAGUGACUCAGUGUAACAACGACCACAACAGCACAGAAGCUAGUUUCAUAGUUCAACAGAGACAGUGUGUGUGUGUGUGUGUCAGGUGCUGUCCCCACAGUAACCUGAGCUGCUCCUCAUUAAUAAAUGAUGUAUUUGAAGCAGUCAGCUCACCUGUUAGACCUGAAGGCAGACAGCAACUCUUCACUGCCAUUGGCCCUCCACUGGACACACACACACACACACACACAGACAACAGAGGAGGACGAAACAUCAAAGUGUCUUCAGUUCAGUUUGUUUAUGGGGGGGGUUCACCUGGACCUUGGUCAUCAUGAAUCCUGAAUAUGACUACCUGUUCAAACUUCUGCUGAUCGGUGACUCUGGAGUUGGAAAGUCAUGUCUGCUGCUACGCUUUGCGGACGACACCUACACAGAAAGCUACAUCUCCACCAUCGGAGUGGACUUUAAGAUCAGGACCAUCGACAUGGACGGGAAGACGGUGAAGCUGCAGAUCUGGGACACAGCAGGUCAGGAGAGGUUUCGAACCAUCACUUCCAGCUACUACAGAGGAGCUCAUGGGAUAAUCAUUGUUUAUGAUGUCACCGAGCAGGAGUCUUUCAACAAUGUGAAGCAGUGGUUGGAGGAGAUUGAUCGAUACGCCUGUGAGAACGUCUCCAGACUGUUGGUGGGAAACAAGUCUGAUGUCAUCAGCCGGAAAGUGGUGGACGCUGCCACUGCUCAGGACCUGGCUUCAUCUCUCAAGAUCCCAUUUCUGGAGACCAGUGCUAAGAGCUCUGAUAAUGUGGAGCGAGCUUUUCUAACCAUGGCCUCCGAGAUCCACAAGCGUCUUUCUAGCGAGGGAGGGGGAAUAAAUUCACAGUCAGCAGAGGCCAAGUCCCAGAGCACCAAGAUCAACAGUGCCCCCGUGUGGCUGGGACAAGACAAGCAGACUCAGGGCAGUAACUGCUGCUGAAAUGGACGACUUUACAAAGAAUAAAAUACUAUCAGUGAUCGAUUGUUAUUGACAGAAAACUGACUAAUCGGGAAAUAUGUAUUCUUUGUAGUGGAACUGUGUGACGCUCCCUGACUUCUCUUGGUUUCCCAACAUGUGUCACCUCAUAACCUGUGGUCAGGUCAAUAAAUAAAACUUGUUAAGUAUUAAAAGUAUUAAAAAAGA